AUGGCGGAGGCGAACAGCUUCGACCCGGUGAAGGCGGAGGAACACCUCAGAACCCCCAGGGUUGGUUUAGGGUUUAGGGUUUAG